AUGGCAAAGCGGCGCGGGCCUCACCCGAAGACUGCCGACAACGUCUUUCAUGACGUGACGGCGAAUUUUUCCGCCGCUCCCGAAAAAUUCGACGGUUUCGAGUACAGUACAAAGGAUGUGAUAGGUCAUGGAGCGUUUGCAAUUGUUUAUAAGGGAAGAUAUUCAGAUAGACCAGAUGUUCCAGUGGCAAUCAAAGCCAUUGCAAAGAAGAAUAUCGCGAAAUCAAAGAAUCUACUAACAAAGGAGAUUAAAAUAUUGAAA